UCUAAUGGAAUCCUAUAAGAUUUUUCUAAUGGAAUCCUGUAGAAUUUUCUAAUGGAAUCCCAUAAGAUUUUUCUAAUGGAAUCCUAUAAGAAUUUUCUAAUGGAAUCCCAUAAGAUUUUUCUAAUGGAAUCCUGUAAGAUUUUUCUAAUGGAAUCCUAUAAGAUUUUUCUAAUGGAAUCCUAUAAGAUUUUUCUAAUGGAAUCCUAUAGGAUUUUUCUAAUGGAACGGUUCCAAAAUAUGAUAGAAAUUCUAAUUGGAUUCCUGUACAGGAUUCUUAUUAAAAAUCCUAUAGGAUUUUUUGACAAGGGUGGUUGUAAUGAAAUAAAACGAUGUGCUGAGGACUUUAGGCGAACGUCCCCUAAAAGUCCCGAAAGUCCGCUGACCGUCCUGCAAACGUCCUUGUGAAAGUCCGGAGGACGUCUUCGCGGACGUCCGCUCGACGUAACAGGGGACCCUACACGAUAACGUCCAGAGGACGUUCGCAGAGGACAUUUAGGGGACGUCCAGGGGACCUUUUUUUGUUAGCUGGGAUGGUUGAUGUGCUUAAUUGAAUGGUAAAAUUGUGAUUAAAUUAUGGGUUUGAUGGAACCAACUGGUUCUUUCUUAGCCAUGUUGAGUAAUACAAAUAAUAAUGUGUAUAAACUGUGUUCAUUUGAUUACCUUUUGCGAUGGUUAUGCCCCCAAAUCCACCAGCAGACAUCACAUCAUAAGAAAUGGGAGACAGGAGUACAGAUGGAGUCUGACAAGAGAUAUGCAGUGAUAAAAUUCCCAAAGGACAAUACAGUUGAUGUAGUGCCUUCCAACUGGCUUGAAAAGACAAAAGAGGGUAUAUAUUGCUACUGGCCAAGAAAUUUUUUUACUGCCAAAGCAAAAAGAAGAGACACUCCGGAUACUAAGUUCUGGUCAAAACAUGCUGCAGUGGUUCUGGUGUAUGCAGAUAGCUAUGAGGAAGCCAGACUGAAGGCCAACCAGGCUACAGUGACCUCAAACCUGGAAAGCGACGAGGAACCUCCACGGAGACCAGUACGACCUCCAGCUAGAUAUAGUAGACAUCUGAGUAGUGGUGAUGACGAAGACUCACCGCCACCAAAGACACGCGUUGUAAGCACACCAAAAUUCAUUCCAAGGACAGAAUAUUUUGAAGAACAAAUUCAGUGUUUUCCAAGGGCCCAAGUAUCAGAAACUGCAGUGUCUGAAUGGGAAGAACAACAUGAAGCUAAUGUGGCUAAAGAUGUUCCUGCAUCAACCAGGGAAACCAAUUUGGACAACACCGAGUUGAAGAAACUUGAAAGAGCCAUGUUCAUUCGCCUCGACCAAAUGGACCAAAAGUUGUCAGCGAUUGAAACACUUUUGAGAAGCAUUGCCCAGCCAAGCGACAUUUCUGACUUUUUGAUAAAUCCUUGUAAGAGCACACAGGAACUGGAUGAGUUGUGCUUGAAAAUGAAAGACCGUGAAUCCAGGAAAAAAACUGUCCAUUACUUGAGCCUCCUUGGAGGCAGAACCCCAGGAGAUGCCAUACGCAGGGUAUUGCGGGCAGUCGGAGAAAACUGUGUCUGGUCGCAGUACAGCAUGAAGGGGAGGAAGGGGAAAAAAACAUUUGAAGACCUUGAAAUCUGCAGUGUGAUCAUUCAAGCUUGUCAAAAGAUGCACCCGAAGGUACAAGUCAAGGUGUUUGAAGAAUACAUCGCAGAAACCCUGAAGUACGCUCCUCAUCGUACUUCAAGAAUGGAGCAUGAAGACACAGGACCUAGUUCUGCACCACCACAAACUCCCAGCGAAGUGUAAUAAAACAAAAAAGUUUCCUGUAUAAGCCUAUGUGGAUUUUAUGACUAAUUAGUUUUAAUUUUGUAAUACAUUUUUUUGUGUUUAGUUAAUAAUUACUUUUUGUAAUUUGACAUCUUUGUACCUUGUUAAUAAAAUAUGU